ACCUGAAGGCAGCAUGACACAACAGGGAACAACAUGGCGUGUUGUAGAAACUGUUUUUGUUGUCAGUGCUGCUGCAGAGAAGGAGAGACGAGGACCCCAGAGGAGCUGGCCGUUUUAGGUGAAAUCCAAGAUGAAGAAGAUGAAAUUUUACCCCGGAAAGAUUACGAGAGCUUGGAUUAUGACCGCUGCAUCAAUGAGCCCUAUGUGGAGGUUCUGGAGGGAAUGGACAACAAGAAAUCCAGCAAGUAUGAGGUGGUGCGGUGGAUGAUGGUGUUUGUGAUCGGGGUCACUGUGGGUCUGGUUGGACUAUUUGUGGAUUUCUUUGUGCAUCUCUUCACCAGAAUCAAAUUCUCAGUUGUUGGUAGUUCCAUAGAGAAGUGCACUGACAAAGGCUGUCUGUCUUUAUCUCUGCUUGAACUUCUCUCAUUCAACGUGAUCUUCGUCUUCAUCGCCAGCUUGCUCGUCCUUAUCGAGCCGGUGGCUGCCGGUUCAGGAAUUCCAGAAAUCAAGAGUUACUUGAACGGAAUAAAAAUUCCUGGAAUUGUGCGGCUCCGGACAUUUCUCUGCAAAGCCGCAGGAGUCCUGUUUUCUGUGUCCGGAGGUCUGUUUGUGGGGAAAGAAGGGCCGAUGAUACACAGUGGAGCCAUUGUUGGAGCUGGACUUCCUCAGUUUCAGAGCAUCAGUUUUAAGAGGAUCAAAUUUGAUUUUCCAUACUUCCGCAGUGACAGGGACAAGCGAGACUUUGUUUCGGCUGGAGCUGCUGCUGGAGUCGCUGCUGCAUUCGGAGCUCCAAUAGGGGGCACUCUUUUCAGCCUGGAGGAGGGUUCAUCUUUUUGGAACCAAGCGCUCACCUGGAAAGUGCUCUUCUGCUCCAUGUCGGCCACUUUCACGCUGAACUUCUUUCGCUCUGGGAUCAACUUUAACAAGUGGGGCUCCUUCCAGCUGCCAGGUCUGCUCAACUUUGGGGAGUUCAAGUGUCCAGAUGGAGAUAAGAACUGCCACUUGUGGACGGCAGUGGACUUGGCCUUCUUCGUCCUCAUGGGCGUGGUGGGGGGCCUGCUGGGGGCUCUUUUUAACUGCAUCAACAAGUGUCUGGCCAAGUAUCGCAUCAGACACAUUCAUCCCAAAGCCAAGUUUGUCAGAGUUCUGGAGAGUCUCCUGGUUUCUAUGGUGACAACAGUGGUGAUAUUUGGAGCUUCCAUUCUGCUGGGCGAGUGUCGCGACCUGUACUCUCCGGCAGCACACAACAGCUCGCUGGCCAGCAGUGAAGACAUCAACUCCACCAUCCGCCAGUUCUUCUGCUCCAACAGGACCUACAACGACAUGGCCACAUUGUUCUUCAACCCACAGGAGGCAGCCAUCCACCAGCUCUUCCACCAGGACAGUACCUUCAGCCCUGUGACUCUGUCGGUCUUCUUCCUGCUCUACUUCCUGUUGGCCUGUUGGACUUACGGCGUGUCCGUACCGAGCGGUCUCUUUGUACCGUCACUCCUGUGCGGCGCCGCGUUUGGACGUCUGGUCGCAAACAUUUUAAAAGUGAACAUGGGGCUGGACAUUUACUCCGGGACUUUUGCUCUCAUCGGAGCUGCUGCCUUCCUGGGAGGCGUGGUCAGAAUGACCAUCAGCCUCACCGUCAUCCUCAUCGAAUCCACCAAUGAAAUCACGUACGGGCUGCCCAUCAUGAUCACUCUGAUGGUUGCCAAGUGGACUGGAGAUUUCUUCAACAAGGGCAUCUAUGACAUUCACAUUCAGCUGAAAGGAGUUCCUCUGCUGGAAUGGGAGACUGAGGUUGAGAUGGACAAGUUGACAGCCAGCGAUAUCAUGGAGCCCAACCUCACCUACGUGUACCCUCACACCAGAGUCCAGUCUCUGGUCAGCAUCCUGCGGACCACCGUCUAUCACGCCUUCCCCGUGGUCACUGAAAACCGACAGAACGAGCGGGACUUCAUGAAGGGAAACAUCCUGAUCAGCAACAACAUCCGGUUCAAGAAGUCCAGCGUGAUGACUCGUGCGGGAGAACAGCGGCGCCGAUGCCAGUCUAUGAAGUCGUACCCGUCCAGUGAGCUGAGGAACGUCUGUGACGAGCAGAGCGCCGUGGAGGAGCCCACAGAGGAGGGGGAGGACAUGCUGCAGCAGAUGUUGGAGAGGAGGCACGUUCCCUACCCCAACCUGUACCCCGAUCAGUCCCCCAGUGACGAGUGGACCAUGGAGGAGCGCUUCAGACCGCUCACCUUCCACGGCCUCAUCCUGCGCUCGCAGCUGGUCAACCUGCUGAUCCGAGGGGUCUGCUACUCUGAGAACCAGUCGAGCGCCUCCCAGCCCAGGCUGUCCUACGCAGAGAUGACUGAGGACUACCCCCGCUACCCAGACAUCCAUGACCUGGACCUGUCACUGCUCAAUCCUCGCAUGAUAGUGGAUGUCACCCCGUACAUGAACACAAGCCCGUACACGGUUUCACCCAACACUCGGAUCUCCCAGGUGUUCAACCUGUUCAGGACCAUGGGCCUGCGACACUUACCGGUGGUCAACGCCGUUGGAGAGAUUGUUGGAAUAAUCACGCGUCACAACCUCACCCACGAAUUCCUCGUGACCAAACUGCGACAGCACUACAUCACCAUCUGACCCAGCUCGGGUUCUGAACUUUUCCACUCAAGCGUGGACCAACCAAACAGUGAUGCUACAGGCAGCGCCGUUCUCCUUCAGCCUCGGACGCCCCGUCCUGGACGUUGGAAUGGCUGCUUUCAACUGCUCUGCUUUCACUAACAGUGUUUCCAUUCCAGCCGUGAUGCUGCUUUGAUUUCCUGAUUCAUUUAAUUUCUCCAAAAAUGUUGCAGAGGCAGGGUGAAGUUGAGGAGGAAACGGGAACAACUUUCAAUCUCAAUUUUAGGGAUUUGUUUUGGGUUUUUAGGAGUCAGAGUUUAAAAUAUUGUCCAUUCAUUUCAAUGAUCCAGAGAACCGUCAGCAACAGAGCAGGACAAUUGUAGAAUUACCCGGUAGUUAGAAUUUAAGAGUUGAAGUAACACCCUCCUCACCUGCCUCACGGAGGAUGCUGCUCAGUUUGCAUCCUUCCUGAACUCCACCAGUUCCACGUUGGAUCGUCUUUGUUGUCGCUGAAGCACUUUUUAUUGUUUGAUUUACUUUUACUGUGAGCAGACUGAUCGCCUGCCUCAGGUUCUGCAGCUCACCUGGACCUCGAAGUGCUUCUGGGGUCCAUGUGAGGUCAUUCCAGGUAACCACUGCAACAGUCUGUAAGUGAACGGGCAUUUUUGCACUAAUUUAAAUGUAAAUAAUCUGUUUCAUAUGGAUGCACAAUAAUAUUAUUAUCACACUAUUAUCAUUGGCAGAUAGUUAGCAUUAAAAAAUAUGAUCAGCGUCAUAAUUGGUGGAUUGCAGUUCAUGAUUGACUCUAAAACAGGAGAAACUUGGUGUUGAUUCUUUAAAACAGAAAAGCAAAAGUUUAUCACGGAGAAGUUUUUCAUGCUCUGACAAACAAAUUUUGAAGGACACAAUCCAUAUAAAGUUUCUGAUCUUUUUUUUUUUUGGUGUUUCCUUGUUUCAAAAUAGGCUAGAACCACUAUAAGUCCCUCAUUUACAGUUGUAUUAUUGGUGCAGAGAAUCAAAUGUUUUAUUUUAUUUUUAGUUUGUUUUAAGAGAAUAUUUUUGUAUCCAAAUUUGAUUUUAAUAUAUGUUUCCUUUAUUAUUCAUCUGUAUUGUUUAAUUGUUUGUGGAUUUUGAAGCGGCAUAAUCUUUGAUUUUAACAUGUUUUCUAAGUUGCUUAUUCUAAUUAUAUGUGAAACACAGAGCAGAAUACAUUAAGGUGACUGCAGUCAUAAUGUGCAGUGGGCUCUGUUCUUACAGACAGUUUGCUGAGCAGUGUUCCUGAAGAAUUUAGGAAAAGUCAAGAAGAACUUCACGAUGACACAAACAGGACCAUGAGGAGUGAGAUGAGCAGACGUUUGUUUGUGCCUUCUAUUCAUUUAAAUAAAGUUCCUUUUGGUUUGUAAAGGAUACAAACAAAAAAUGUGGUUUUGCUUGUUUUAUUCCAGCUGGGAGGAAGUUAGUUUGGGGGGUCAAU